UAAAUAUCCAACACUCACCAUCUUAAAAAAAAGACUAAGAAGAAUGGGUCUGAGAUUUUCAAGUCAAAUGAAUGGAGGUUUCCACGGAAGGUGGUAAAUCAAAAUUAUAGUAAUAAAUAAUGACUAGCAGCAGCGCUAAUACUGACUACUAGUAUUUAAUUAUAUACUAUAUAUAGAGAAUUAGCAAAAUAUAUAUAGGAAGAUUGUUAAGUCAGGCUAAAUUUGAGUCAACAAGGUAUUCAUUUCUUGGUGUCUUUGAAACUCAGAAUCAAAAUCAUGUCUGAAAUAGUUAAAGAAGCUUGGAGAAAAUAUCUAACUGUUCUGCAACUCCAUCCUCUAAGAACCAAGGCAAUCACUGCUGGAGUUUUAGUAGGGUGCAGUGAUGUAAUUGCCCAGAAGAUUUCUGGGAUCAAAAGACUUCAAUUAAGGAGAUUACUUCUUCUAAUGCUCUAUGGACUUGCAUAUUCAGGACCCUUUGGCCAUUUCCUGCAUAAAUUGAUGGAUGUUAUAUUUCAAGGAAAGAAGGAUAAUAAAACAGUGGCUAAAAAGGUUUUGUUGGAACAGUUGACCUCAUCUCCUUGGAACAACUUCUUUUUUAUGAUGUACUAUGGCUUGGUUGUUGAAGGAAGGCCAUGGGGUCAUGUCAAAAACAAGGUUCGGAAGGACUAUCCCUCUGUACAACUGACUGCAUGGAAGUUUUGGCCAAUUGUUGGUUGGAUCAACUACCAAUACAUGCCCCUGCAGUUCCGCGUUCUAUUCCACAGCUUUGUUGCUUCAUGCUGGGCAAUUUUCCUGAACUUGAAGGCAAGAUCAGUAACUGCUAAGAAGGACUGAAGCUGAUGAAGGGUUCAUUUGCAUUUCUCUCCUUUGUCGGUGGUAUUUUUAGCUUAUUUGAGGAGAUAAUUACAUUAAGUAUGUUAUAAUUUCAUAUGUUUGUUGUUAAUGUUGUUUGCUUGGAAACAUGGUAUAAUAUGUAUUGCAACAUGAGCUCAUUACGAACUUAAUCGAUCUUUUGAGUAUCAAAAUUAAAGAA